CAACAACGGUGCUUUCCUGGUCGCACGUAACAUCCCAGGCAACCGAACUACUAAGUAGUUCUUGCUUUAACCGAUUUUCAAAGGCAAAAAUAAAAAAGUUUCACCUUCGACGCUGCAUCAUCCUGUAACAGCGAACGCCAUAGUGGACUAGUUCGCUGCAAUGGGGGAUGAUACUCCAGCCGUUGACCCAUUAAAUCCCAGUCGCGACCACCACCGAACUCGUACUGCCAGCGGUCCCCCUCUCAUCCCCAUCCUACACACAUGCGCAACCCUUUGAGUCUAUCUGUCAUCGAACCCUCGUCUCCAUUCUUCUUCUUCGUGCGAUUCGUUCUCGUUGAUCUUCCCGUUCAGUGUCGCCCAGCAGCGAUUGUGUGCCCUCUUCAAUUCAAUCGCGAUUGGCUUCGGCCGAUCCCGUCGAUUCGUUCUCUGUAAUUAGCGAUGGCAGAACUUACGGUCACAGGCCUGUUGAAGAAGGCGGCAUUGGCUUUCCCCAAGAGGACAGCCGUCUCCACCUGUGGGAAGUUCGACCUGACGCACGCGCGGCUGCAAGAGCUCGUUGAUCACGCCGCCAUGCUCCUCCGCACCCGUAUCGUCGGCAUCGGUGCCGUCGUCGCGCUCGCUUUCCCCAACACCAUCGAGUUUGUGAUCAUGUUUCUGGCAGUAAUUCGUUGCAGAGCCAUAGCGGCUCCGCUUGACCCAACCUACACGGCUGAGGAGUUCGAGCGCUACCUUUCCAACUCGGAAUCGAAUCUCCUAUUGACACCACAAGAAGGAAACCGACCGGCUCAAUCUGCUGCUUCCAAGCUAAACAUCCCCCACCUAACCGCCAAGCUUCACUCGGCCGAUUCCAAUAUCACUCUCUCUUCGACUAACAUUAGGCCGAGUCUUGACUUGUAUGUCGGCAACGUUCCCUCGGAUGUAGCUCUGUUCUUGCACUACUGCGGCACACCGGGUCUCCCCAAAGGUGUUGAGUUUACUCAGAAGGAAUUGGCUACGGUGGUUCUGUUUAACAAGCAUAAAUACGCAGAGUCCGAUUCCACUGUGAUUGAGUACCCAUUGCUCCAUUAUCAACGUUUAGUCCAUGAAUUGCUGAGCUAUUUAGCUGCCGGAGCUGCUGUGGCCCUCCCGGCGGCCAUGGAGGCUGCAACGUCCUCGGCUUCGAGACUUUCGGCAGAUAUGAUUCAAGAGGUCAAAAGUUAUAGGUCAAAAGUUGCCCGUCCAUAUCAAAGCAAUGAUAUGCCAAAGGGAAAUAAUGCACCUAAGACCACCGAAGAGAACAAAACCAAGACCGAGAGAGGUGGAGAAGAAGGCGGCCAUAGCGUGAAAUUAACCGAAGAGUUUGAAAAGUUGAGUGGACUGAAGAAGUUCUCCUACGAAGAGUUGAUUAUUGCAACUGCAGACGGCAAGAUUCUGGGAAAAGGAGGUUUUGGCAUCGUGUACGAAGGGCACAUAGGAGAUGCUCGCACACGGGUCGCUGUGAAGAUAAUAAACUCUGAUUCACGCCAAGGAUUAGAGGAGUAUAAAUCUGAGGUGAUGACGUUAAGCCAACUUAGGCACAAAAACUUGGUGCGACUUUUAGGCUAUUGUCACGAGGCGAAUAAAUUCGUCCUGGUUUACCAAUUCAUUGGAGGAGGUAGCUUGGAGGAUCAUCUGUUUAAAGGCAGACCCUUGUUGACAUGGGAAAGGAGGUACAACAUCGCUCUGGGAUUAGCCUUAGCGUUGCACUACCUGCACAAACAAUGUUAUCAAUGCGUGAUCCAUAGGGAUAUCAAAUCCAGCAACGUCAUGCUAGAUGAAGAGUUUGAGGCCAAAUUGGGAGACUUCGGCCUGGCUAAGCUAGUCGACCACACCAGAGACCCAAACACUACCCAAGUGAAAGGAACACCGGGUUACUUGUCUCCGGAAUACCUUCGAACGGGCAAGGCAAGUAAGGAAUCUAAUAUCUAUAGUUUCGGGGUGGUCCUUUUGGAAAUAGUAUGUGGGAGAAGAGUCUUCGACCCGGAACUAGUAGAGCAAGGCCUAGGCCUUGUUCAGUGGGUUUGGAAGCGUUGCGGGUGCGAGAGUUGGUGGGGGCGUAGGUUCUGGAAUUUUCUCCUUCCGGUGGACGAGAGGCUCGGCAAGGAUUUCGACAAGAAACAGGUGGAGGCCUUGAUUAUUCUGGGGCUGUGGUGUGCUCAUCCCAUUGCUAGUUCUCGGCCUUCGAUUGAAGAGGUAAUGGCCGUUUUGAACUCAACGACAAAGCCUCCCAAACUCCCUUCGAAGAUGCCAAGUUUCAACAUAUAAUUGACCUGAAGGUCUCGUCUAGAUACAUUUGGCUUAGUAACUCAUUUUGGUAAUUGCUUACUUUGCCAACGCACUUCAUUU